GGGAUAUAAAAACUGUUACUCUGCCAAGUGCCAGUUUGUUUGCUUCUUUGGAGCAGCGACUUCAUGCAUUCAUGCUGAAGGCACUUUUACAUUCUGUUCCAUUUGGGAAAAUGAUAGUUCUUGAUUUAUAUGCUGAUGUCAAACCAAUAUGGAAAAAUUCAUCUCACUUUUAUGGAGCUCCUUACGUCUGGUGUAUGUUGCAAAACUUUGGUGGAAAUAUUGAAAUGUAUAGCAUCUUCGAUGCGAUCUCCUCUGGUCCAGUUGAUGCCCGUGUCAUUAAAAAUUCAACCAUGGUUGGUGUUGGUAUGUGCAUGGAAGGGAUUGAGCAAAAUCCAGUUGUUUACGAGUUGAUGUCUGAAAUGGCCUUUUGGAGUGAAAAAGUUCAACUUCUGUAACACUGAUUUCAUAGUCAAAUUCCCAGAUUGGGAUCCAUCAAAUACCAGCUCUCCUUUGCCUCAGUCACAUUUAUGGUAUUCUACUCAGAAGGUGAUCAAUGCCUUAGGACUUCUAAUUGAUGCUGGAAAUAAUUUUGCUGGAAGCGUUACAUUUCCUUCUUCUUUCUCUCUUAUUUUGCUGGAGAUGCACUUGCUAUUUCUAAAACCUUGUAUGAGAAAUAUUUUGGUAAGAAGGAUAGGAAAAAGAGUAAGUAUCAUUUUGAAACAAGCGGCAGGCGGGUACUGCGCAUUACCCAGUGAAGGCCAAUGCAUUGCACUUGCCAUUUCUAAAGCCUUGUAUGAAAACAUUUUAUGUUACAUACUUGGGGGAUUCUUUAUAAGGUCAAAUAUGAAAAAAGGAUGAUGCAAAUUGUAAAAUAAUCAGAUAUGUACUUGAGAAUCUUUAUUUAGUAAUAAUCUUACUGUAAGACCUUCAAAAUUUUGGGGCUAGUAAUUAACUAUCAUUAUCAUCUAUUUUUGUAACUUGACACAAUGAUAUGAGCAAUUUCUAAGACUACGGCAUAAGAUUACUGCAUAAGGAUUUCAAAGAUUUUGGGACUACUAUGGUAGAAAGGCAAGCGGAGUGUAUGCAGAGGUUUUAUAGAGUCUAGCCUACGAAAGGGGUUUUGUAAUUCCUUGAAUAUAGUAAUUGUUCUUUAUAUAGAUGGCAUUGUUCCAUUGGAGA